GAUUCGUUAAUAAAACAGAAUUUUUUCAAAGUUUUAAAAUUUUUUUAAAUUUUAAUAAUAACAACAAUGGCUAUGCUAAUACACAUGCCUACAGAAAUAGUUUUCAAAAUUUUAGAAUAUAAAGAUAUCACCAUUAAAGACAUCGUAAACUUUAGCUCCACAUCCAAGCAGUUCCGCCAAUUAAUUAUUAAUGACAAAAAUCUAUGGAGAAAAAAGUUUAUCCAGAGAUGGCCUUCUGUGAAAAAAUAUUAUGAGGAAGAUGAUAAAGAUUUUUAUGAAGCCGAUAUUACAGAUGUGCAAAGCGGUAUGAAAUGCGCAAAAGAAUUGUGGGCCUAUGUAUCUCAUAUGUCCGAAAAGCAUUAUUACUAUGUUAAUAAUUAUAAAUAUGUAGAUGAAUUCUCUUCCUUAUUCAGCCUACAUAAAGAUUGCUCAAAUGCGCAUUCUAUGCAUUGUGCUAUUUUGAAGGAUGAAUUUAUUAGAAGCAUUUAUACACAAUCUCCAUGGGAAUGCGAUUUAACACAUAGAUAUUACAGUAUGAAACUUUUUCGAUGCUGGCUUAAAAAAAAUUUUGAAAGAAAUUGGAAAAAAUUUAUAAAUAAGCCUCAUCAACAACAAAUUUUAGAAAAAGUGCUUGCUAUAACAUUACAAUGGUGUCAUCCAGAAAAAUAUAUUUCUUCGUCCCAUGUAGACAAACUGAUUGAAGAUAUUAUGCAAAAUGUGUUAAAGCUUCUUAAAGAGAAAAGUCCCACUCAUGAAAUAUUUUCGAUAUCAUCUAAACAAUUUUCCUUUUGGAAACAUAAUAAUAUUCAUGAAAAUUAUUGGGGUGAAACUAGUGCAAGACAAAUUAAAUGCAGAUUGGACGAUAUUAUUUUAAAUUUCGAUUGCUAUAACAUAGAUUAUCCGUGGAAAUUGGAUCAAGUACGUAUAUGCGACCCAUACGCAGCAUAUUUUCUUAUGUGA